UCAACAGAGCGCCAGACACACAAUCAGCAGAGAACACCUACCACUUCGCCGGAUCAACGGAAAGGGACAUGAACAGACUGCGUUGGGGCAAAACGAUAGAAAGAAAAGGUACGACUACACCGUUGCGCUCAAGUAGAUGCCCGAUUCUCCGACAUCGCUUAGAAAAUGACCAGCUCUGAAUCCAGCGCUCGAAGCCUCUUCGUAGAAUCGAAGGAACGCCUGUGUGACCGCAUACAAGUGAAUGUGAACAGCGUUGGGUCGUUGGCAAGGCAGGUAGUCAAAGGAUCAAAAAGUAGCGAGACGCUAAUGCACACUGCCAGGAAUUUCGCAUUACAAGAGCACGCUUUGCACAACUCGGAAGUGAAUCUGUGCAAAAUGCAGAACCUCGUCACCACAUUGCAACUCCAGGCAGAUGCCAUACAGAAAUGCGCCCAGAAUGUGGAAGUUGUUAAAGAACAGCUUCACCGGAUGCAGUGUUGAUGUAAACUACAGAGCCAGAAGAAUAAAAGUUCCAGAUUUUAUUCACAUCCUCAUGAAAAA